GCCUGCCCACCGCAGAAGAGCUGGAGGAGCUGGGGCGCAUGCUGGGCGGGGGACCCCAAGGCGCCCUGGCCGGUGGCGGCGGGGGCCACGGUGCAGACUGUCCAGGGAAAUUCCAAGAUGUUAUCAGGAUUCAGCAAUGACUUCAGAUGCCCAGAAGAACUUGGAGAAAGAAACUAAAAUUUACUGAGCUUGGAUUGCCACUUGCCACAAGCUACGAUGGGCUUUUGCAAAUACAGGCGGCCGGGAUUGCUUACCACCUGUGGUGUCCUUGCGGCGGCGGCGGCUGGCGCGGAGGCCGGGCUACAUGAGAAGCACAGCGGGGCCCCAGAUUGGGUUCCUCUACCCAGCAGCGGCCACUGCGCUCCAGGCCCAGGGAGGGGCAUGCGGUGAGGAGUCCCACCAGUCUGAGUCCAGGGCCGGACGGGGUGGCCUUGAUCCUGGAGGCCAGUGGCGAGGCCCUUCGGCGGGGAGCCCUGUUCCUAGGAGCACAGCAGCCUCGGCUCGGACCCCUGUGGGAUACGGGGGCCUGGCGAGGACCCCUGCGAGAAGACCCUCAGGGUUCUUCGGGAUUCAGUUCCAAGUUGGCGCCACACUGCCUGCCAGGCCGGCCAGGUCGUGUGGCCCUGGGGACGCAGGGUGGCAGGGCGAGCUCCCGCCCAUGGACAGUUCUGAGGCCCCCGGCGCUGGCUGGGAUGCUGGUGGCUGUGCAAGAGCAAAGGACACCUGGACAAAAGGCCGUCUGUUCCCAGAGGAGGUGAAUGGCGACAGCUGCGGCCUCGGGAGUGACCCCAGGGUCCCCUCAGCCCCGGGCAGCUCUCAGGAUGCCUUUACCUCAAGCUUUAGCUUCAUACGGCUCUCGCUUGGCUCUGCGGGGGAACGUGGAGAAGCGGAAGGCUGCCCGCCCUCCAGAGAGGCCGAGGCCCCUUGUCAGAGCCCCAAGGACACGGAAGCCAAGGCUGCCGGCCUGGACAGGCCCCACGAACACCCUCGACUUCUCUCUCCCCACUUCUAUCUCAAGACUACUCAGCGCCUGGCAGACGCUGCCCAGACCGCAGGAGGCAGCCACAGGCUGGAGAGGGAGACGCCGACUUUGUUGGACGUGGACACCACCUCCUGCUUCUCCCCGGGCCCCUCCGGGUCUGAGGGCAGCAGCUUGGGGGACGCUCAGCGCUGGGAGAUGCUGGUCCAGAGGUGCGAGCCUGUGCUGCUGGACUGCCUGCUGAGCGACCAGAGGCGGCUGGAGGUAAAAUCCCUAAGAAUAAAGCUUCAGAAACUUCAAGAAAAGGCAGUUGAGGAUGAUGAUUAUGAUAAGGCCGAGGCGUUAAGACACCGGCUAGAGGAGCUGGACACAGAGAGGAGCAGCCUGCACUUCCAGCUCCCGUCAAGGCAGCCGGCGCUCUGCAGCCUGCUGGGCCACCUGCAUGCCCAGGCCCAAGCCGCUGCGCACCGCAGGGCCGCUCCGCCGGCCUGCGGUGAGGACCCCCACGCCCCACCCAGGGGGGAGCCGAAGCUGUUGGAACCCAGCGCUCAGGACAGCCUGCGUGUGUCCAUCACCAGACGAGACUGGCUUCUUCAGGAGAAGCAGCAGUUGCAGAAAGAGAUCGAAGCUCUCCAAGCAAGAAUGUCCAUGUUGGAAGCAAAAGACCAGCAGCUGAGAAGGGACAUAGAAGAGCAGGAGCUCCUUCUCCGAUGGGAGGACUGCGACCUGCCCGCCCUGGUGUGCCGGCUGUCCCCGGGCGAGCUGCGGGAAGUCAGCGAGGCCUUGCGGGACACGCUGGCCUUAGCCAGCCAGAUUCCCCUCCAUGCAGAACCGCCUGAAACUCUCACGAGCCUCCAGGCACAGAUAAAAUCCCUCAACUUGUCCCUUAAGGAAAUCACUGCUAAGGUGUGUAUGAGCGAGAGACUCGGCAGCACUCUCAGGAAAAAAGUGAAUGACAUUGAAGACCAACUCCCGGUGUUGCUUGAAGCCAAAAUGCUGGCUGUCUCAGGAAACCAUUUCUCUACAGCCAAGGAGCUCAGCGAGGAGAUUAGAUCUUUAACAUCAGAAAGGGAAGCUCUGGAGGGACUCCUGGACAAGCUUCGGGCACUGAGUUCCAGGAAUGUCCAAAAGCUGGGUGUUGUGAAGGAAGAUUACAGCAGACUGAGAAGACAGCUGGACGAGGGGGAGACCGCCUACGAAAUGAGUGUGAAGGAGAGUGCUCUGAAGUACAUGGAGAUGCUCGAGGAUAAGCUGCGUAGCUGCAAGUGUCCACUCCUUGGAAAAGUGUGGGGAGCUGACUUGGAAGCUUGUCGGUUGCUUAUCCAGAGCCUACAGCUCCAGGAGGCCACAUGCACACUGUCUGCGGAAGACGAGAAGCAGACAGAUGACUUAGUGGGACCCGUCUGUCCAUCCACUCUUGCCAUCUCCCCCAGGCUCCACUCUGAAGUUGAGAGGAAGACCCCUUUGCAGGCCUUUGAAGACUGGAAGGCUCACCCAAAUCCAUCUCUGUACUUUGCUGGCAGCGAACAGAAAGAGGAAUCUUGGCUCCUUUCUUCGGAACUUGGAGAAAAAUGUGAAGCCAUAGACAAGAAGUUACUGCACUUGGAAGAUCAGCUUCACACAGCCAUCCACAGCCAUGAUGAGGAUCUCAUUCAGUCUCUGAGGAGGGAGCUCCAGAUGGUGAAGGAAACUCUGCAGGCCAUGAGCCUGCAGCUCCAGCCGGCAAAGGAGGCGGGAGAGAGAGAGGCUAUGGCAUCCUGUGUGACAGCUGGCAUCCGGGAGGUGCAGGCCUGAGGUGGGACAGGAUGGGGGGCAGGGAGGGUGCGCGGCCACGUUGUCAUCGAUAUGGAUGCACAGGAGGCCUCUGUCACCUCCCCUGCCUGACCAAUGUGCCUGACUCUGUUAUGGACACAGGGACCCGAGGACUCCCCAUAGAGAAGUGGUCCUCUUUUCUGUCCUGGGGCUGAGAGUGGGGAGACAGCACGAUGAACUCUGGGGGGACAUUCCACCGGACUGCCUUCCACGUGUCAGCCAGGGGCACCUUUCCCGCGUCGUUCAUGGGAGAUCCUACAUCAGACUCGAAAAUCUUCCCAUCUCAGCUCCCAUUAGACAGAAGCUGGGGUUAAAUUCUGCUAGCAAAAUGUCUCUUUUCCUGUACCACCUUGCAUCUGCUGCAAUUAAAAUAUCUCCUGAUUUAAGAACUUGUUAAGAGGAAACUGAACGUAAGUGUCUCUCACUGUACCUGUUAUACUUUCCUACAGGCACAUGAUCUAAGGGAGCUAAUUAACCCCAGGAUCUGGAAUUAACAGCUUUUCACCUUCUCCUGUGAGUCACUAUAAUCUCAGAAGAAUGCAUAGGAAAAAUUCCAAAAGACAUUGCUUUAAAGUAACAACCUGUCAGUGAGGUGCAGUCCGAUUUUCCUAUUACGGCAACUCCUGUUUCUACUGAAAGAGUCCCUGGUGUUUCACCAGGACAUCCCGAAAUUUGCCCACAAUGACAGCGGGAUGGGAGCAGGGGCAUAAAGGGAUCAGAUGACAAGUUCAAACUUCUGGGCCUCUCCUUUUUUCCUGCCUAACAUGUUUCACUCAGUGCCGGCCAGGACGUGGAUGUGGAAACCUUCUUUCAGUCCACUGCAGUAUUCAGGAAGAGAGUGCGUGCUCGGGAAGGCAGUAGAGUACUCAGGAGGACAGUGCAGAACUCAGGAAGGCAGCGCAUACUCAGGAGGACAGAGCAGUACUCAGGACAGCAGUGCAUACUCAGGAAGGCAGCAUGUGCUCAGGAAGGCAGUAUAGUACUAAGGAGGACAGUGCAGUACUCAGGACAGCAGGGCAUACUCAGGAUGGCAGCACAUACUCAGAAAGGCAACGCGUACUCAGGAAGGCAGCGGGUACUCAGAAGGUAGUACAGUGUAGUACCCAGGAUGGCAAUGUGUACUCAGGAAAGCAGUGCGUACUCAGGAAGGCAGUAUAGUACUCAGGAGGACAGCGCAUAUUCAGGACGGCAGCACAUACUCAGGAAGGCAGUAUAGUACUCAGGAGGACAGUGCGGUACCCCGGACAGCAGUGCGUACUCAGUUGUGUGGAGCAUUGCAGGCCCCUCCCUACCAAGGCAGCUGGAGAACAGCCCAUGUUCUAUGAGGCAGCGCUUCCCGGGUUGGGCGGAGGAAGGCAGCCUCCAAGAGAUGCUCUCCAGUGACCAGGUCUCCCUAGGUCAAACACGUUAGGGAAACCCGGCAUGCCAUCAUUCCUGGCCAGGUUGUCACAGUGCCCGUUAGCAUAUUAGACAGGGAUGGAGCUCAGUAAAGAAACCCACUUGAUUUUUUAAAAUUUUUUAUCUAACCCAGAUUUCCCAAGUGCAAUGGAUCAUAGAUUUUAUGUAAGUCCUAUGAAUAUCCCACCAAUCUUGUGUUGUGCAGCCCUGCAUUCUCUGGGGAAGUAAUGGUCCAAAUACAGAUUUCCAUCAUGUGUCCAUGUGUGACAGCAACCAGACUCGAGUUUUCGCACAGUGCCGAGCUUAAUAGCUACGUUACUGUCUGUGCUGCUAAUUGAUUUAUUGGGUUUUGUUUGUUUCUGUCUCAUUUAUCCUUAUAAGCAUAGUGAUGGUCCUGCUUUCAUUAGGAUCUUUGGACCCCGGACAGUCCUUGUCAUUUCCUGGAGUCACGCUGUUGUUUCCGGAAGGCAGCUGGUGCUUUGCUGAGCUUCCCAUGCUGGGCAGUACUUCUGUCCUCAAAGAGAUGCCCUGCUUCAGCCGGCAGCUGGCCAGCAUCCAGGGAACAAAGCAAAAGCACAGUAUGUGAAUUUGCUGCCUGUGUUUCAUCAGUUUUAUCUUGAGCAUUAAAAAAUAUAUAUAUAUACUGUAUAUAUUUUAAUAAGUAUAGUCGAUUUCUAGGAAUUCUUUUUUUUUUAAUAAUGGACCAAAUUAGUGAUUUAUAAUCAUGUCUCAAAAAUAUUACAUAUUAGUCACAUGGCACUUGGAAUCUUCGAAUCCUUGGAUGAAUUCCAACGGAGCCAAACUUGGCAAGAGUCAGGAUUGACCGUAUCAGCAAUGACGAAUGUCUACUUUGACAUACACCAUUUUUAAAAGGCCCCCGGACACAAGACAUCUGAACGGUCACUAACCCAGUGUUUUGUGUGACUCAGACAUCAUCACGAAUACUUCUUUGAGGUCAUGAUGUAUUGGAACAUUCUGGAAGCUAACAAGAAUUGUAGGUAUACGCCAUGUACGCGUUCUCUGGUACCUUUGGCUGGGCAGUGUGUUUGUUUCCUUGUUGAGAUGCCUGAACGGGUCUAAGUAUCGGGGUAGGUGAGUGAUGCUUUAACCACAUGUUACCACCCCUCCCUGGUCUAUGCUGGCAUCAGAGUCGGCCAGGAAGCCUGCCUGAUAAAGGCCAGGACGUAUCAUCUGGCCACACAGCCUCCUCAGGGCAAGUCCCCUCUUGAGCCACUGUGACCUCAGAAAACCCAGGACCGUGGAUCCCAAACCAGAGUAUGGGGCAGUUUUUGUCAGGGCUUGAAUUUAAAAGCGACCAAACCGCAAUACAAAUUGAAGCUUUUAUGGAGACAGUCAAGACCACAAACCAAUGCGCUGACUGAAAAUGGCAACGUGGAGUCUGAUUUCAUCAUGACGCGCUGUGAGAGAAUGAAUCGCGGAUGACACUGCCCACUGGGUGGAGAGGCUGGCGUUCAAAGAUUGUAUUUAUUUAUUUGACAGAGAGAGACACAGCGAGAGGGAACACAAGCAGAGGGAGUGGGAGAGAGAGAGCAGGCUUCUUGCUGAGGAAGGAGUCCA